CCUAGGCCAGUCAAAGCCCAAAGUCCUCCCUGAACUGACAAGUGCUGGCCAAUGAGCCAGUGAGGGGGCGGGGCAGACGGGGACUGCGGGUUUGGUUGCGGCGUGCAGCACAACACAGUGCAGGGCAGAGCGGGGCCGGUGGUACAAGGAAGAGGCCGGGAAGCGGCGAGCAGUGGGGACUGGGUGCUACUAACAGCACAGGCAGGGCAGAACACAGCACAAAGUGGCACAAUGUCUGGUGCUAAUGAAGAUGACCUCCCACAGGGGGAGCGAAAGACAGUGACAGAUUUCUGCUACUUGUUGGAUAAAUCUAAGCAGCUCUUCAAUGGCCUGAGGGAUUUGCCCCAGUACGGACAGAAGCAGUGGCAGUCGUACUUUGGGAGGACGUUUGAUGUCUACACAAAACUGUGGAAAUUUCAGCAGCAACACAGGCAAGUUCUUGACAACCGGUAUGGUUUGAAAAGGUGGCAAAUUGGCGAAAUAGCCUCAAAGAUUGGACAGCUCUAUUACCACUAUUACCUUCGCACUUCAGAGACCAGCUACCUUAAUGAAGCCUUCUCCUUUUAUUCUGCAAUAAGACAACGCUCCUAUUACUCUCAAGUCACCAAAGAGGACAGACCGGAAUUGGUUGUAAAGAAGCUACGCUACUAUGCCCGUUUCAUAGUCGUCUGUCUCUUACUCAAUAAAAUGGAUGUGGUGAAAGAUCUAGUCAAGGAGCUAUCAGAUGAAAUUGAAGACUACACUCAUCGCUUUAACACAGAGGACCAGUUAGAAUGGAAUCUUGUCCUCCAGGAAGUAGCAGCCUUUAUUGAGGCUGACCCAGUUAUGGUUCUAAAUGAUGACAAUACCAUUGUAAUCAUUUCCAAUCGGCUGUCAGAGGGCUCUGGAUCUGCGCUGGAGCAGGGCAUGGUGGUGGGACAGUUAAUGCUUGCCGAUGCUUUAAUUAUUGGCAACUGCAAUAACCAGGUUAAGUUCAGUGAGCUCACAAUAGACAUGUUCCGGAUGUUACAAGCUCUAGAGAGGGAACCCAUGAACCUCACUUCUCAGAUGAAUAAACCAGGAUUGCAGGACCCAGCUGAGAAACCAAUGAAGAGAGAAAACCCCCAUAAAUAUCUACUGUACAAGCCAACUUUCAGCCAACUUUACACAUUCCUGGCUGCGUCAUUUAAGGAGCUGCCUGCAAACAGCGCCCUUCUGAUUUACCUGUCUGCUACAGGCGUCUUUCCUACAGGUCGAUCUGACUAUGAAGGUCCCUACGAUUUCGGAGGGGUCCUGACCAACAGUAAUCGGGAUGUUGUAAACGGGGACGCAGUGCACAAGAGGAACCAGUCUAAUAAAGAGAUGCACUGCCUUCAUCCAGGCGAUCUCUACCCUUUCACUAGGAAACCAUUAUUUAUCAUUGUGGACUCUUCAAACAGUGUGGCUUACAAGAAUUUCACCAAUUUAUUUGGUCAACCUUUGGUGUGUCUCCUAUCACCUACAGCAUAUCCCAAGGCCUUGCAAGAUCACUCUCAGCGUGGAAGCCUAUUUACCCUCUUCCUUAAUAAUCCACUCAUGGCAUUCCUCUUCAUCUCUGGCCUCUCCAGCAUGCGCAAAGGAUUAUGGGAAAAAUGUCAGGAUCAUGUCCGAAAAAUCAACAGGGAUAUUGCUCAGCUAUUGACACACUCUCGCUCUAUAGAUCAAGCUUUUCUUCAGUUCUUUGGAGAUGAAUUCUUGCGUUUACUUCUCACGAGAUUUAUAUUUUGUUCUACAGUUUUAAGAAUGCACAAAAGUUUCCGGGAAACCAGGAAUUACCCAGAAACCUACCCGCCCCUUCCACGGGAUGAGUUGUUGGAGAAUCUUCACCUUCAAAAACAGAUUUUGGAGCUGGCCUCAAUACUUGAUGUCCGGAACCUGUACCUAGAGAGCACCGUGGAUGAAUACUAGAGAUAAAGCCCACGUUUAUGUAAACUUUUGUGCUUUCAAAGCCACAGAAUCUGAAAGGUGCAUUUUUUUCUAAGGCAGCCCCCACCAUACAGAGUACUUGAUAUUUUUACUUUGUGGAUUCCAAGCCUUGGCAACGGAGCAAGAGCCUCUGAAAGGGGGGUUUCAGAGGAAACAUGGUGCACCUGCACUUACCCCCAACCCUGUUAUGGUCAGUAGUGUCACACUUAGUGCUUGUGUUUCUGCUUUUAGGGCCGUGCCUUUAGCUACCUGCGCAUGAUGUUUUAUGUGUUUUGCUCUGGAACUGAGAAAUCCCCAGCAUGGAAAUUCCCAGUGCGACGAAACCGGAGCCAUGUGAAGUGAUUUGAUGCAAUGGAAUAGUGUGUGCUUUAGGAACUGGUGUGCAUCCAUUUCUGCAUACGCCACCUACAGGGCUGCUAUAGGCGUUACACUGCAGCAGCUUUGUUUUCUCACUUGUUCUUUGGACAGUUCAAAUAAUUCUUAAAAUGAUAACUGAUGAUGGUACUUGGCAGGCCUCACAAGCCGUGCAUUGAAGGAACGAGGCAAGCUCUAAAAGGUGUUGUAUUUUCUUUAAUCAGUAUAUUUAUUUGUUUUUUUUUUUACCUUGUAAUGUUUGGUUACUUUGCCAAAGCCACUGAAUUGUGGGUUAAAACGACCUGAUUUUGCAGAAACUGUACACUGCGUGGGGUUACGAACACCCUAGCCACUUUAUUAAGGCAGUGACUGAUACAGAGAGUUUAGUAAAUGUAUUGUCUCCUGUCAGUCCUGCAGUGCAUGUAAUUGCCUGUGGCUUGGUGUAUUGUGGGUAGCUGGUCCCUGCGGCCUUUAAUCAUUUUAAACCAAAAUUGAGUUUUAUGACAGUAAGAUGUUUAGCUCAGAUUUUGUUUGUUCUUUUUACAGUCCAGGCUGAAAGCAUCUCUCUUGGAACAGAAUCUUGAUGUUAUUAGGCUUA